AUGUAUCAUCAGAAGAAAAACGGACCAUGUCUCGUCUAUCACAGAUUGGUACAUAAAAAAUCUGGUCUAUAUAAAUUGCGUCGUAAAGCUUUAUCACCAUCACCGCGUGGUCAAAAAUUUAUUGUGCCCUCAAUUUAUCAGGAAACGUAUUGUAAAGAACGAUUUUUGAUCUAUGACAAACGAAAAAUUGCUUAUGAAGGUCGUUCAAAAAUGUAUGCAUCUGAAGAAUAA